UCAGACAAACCACUGACACAGAAUCACUUCACUCUCAUCACAGUUUACAUCAGGACAAUGUGCGACUUUGAUUUGGCUCAAGCUCUGGACAGUCCUCUGGGAUUCGACGAUACAGGACCUGAGUCCCGCUGCUUCGACAUGACGGACGUUAAAAAAGAGAUCAUCAAACUUGACACGGGACUGAACCUGGAGAUUUCCUGCAACCCAAAAACCAUGAAGAGCGUCGCUACGCUGCUGAUGGCGGUGAACAGGAUGAAAAAGACCCCGACUCACAGCAGCUGGGAGCUGAGAGGCGACGAGCUCUGCAGAGUGAUCAUGGACAGCCUGGUGGACGAAACGGUUGUGAAGACGGUUGCGGACGCCACCACAGGACAGAGAAGCAUCAAGUUUGUACGUGUCCAAAGCGAGGAGUGCACUCUGAGCGACACCCAUAAGAAAGACAUCAUCUGCACCUCGGAAGAUUUCAAACUGCAGGCCGUCACUCUGAAAGGAGGAUACGGCGAUCGCAAAGUGAAUUUUAAACUGGUGAAGUACAUCUCCUGUGGUGCCGGGCAGACGUUUGUUCUGUCAAUCAAAAAUGCCAACAACCACAAGUUGUACCUCUCCUGCGUCAUGAACAGCGACAAUGCUGAGCUGCAUCUGGAGAAAUGCAGUGAGGACGAUAUAAGUAGCAGCAACGACAUGGACCGUUUCCUCUUCGACAAGAAAUUAACAGGAAUAUCUCUGACCAGGUUCGAGUCCGUUAAGUACCCCGGCUGGUUCAUCAGCACGUCUGAGAGCGAGAACCAGCCUCUGGAGCUGUGUCAAACGGACAGCGCCCAGCGUGUCACCUACUUCAAAGUCAGCUCAAAAAAUCCUUUGAUUGGCUGAAGCAGCUGUGUACAGUUACAGUUUCAUGUAUCCAGAUGCUGAGGGUACUUUUUUUUUUUUUUUUAAACUCUUUUAUUCUACCUGACCACUAGAUGGAGUAAUCACCUGCAGUAUGAUAAUAAUUCAGUGUAACCUACUAAAGAGACUUUAACUUUAUAUUAUUUUACCCUCAGGCAAAAUGAUGUGAAAUUUGUAUCUUCUUUACUGGAGAAUGUAACAGGAUAUUCCUAAAAUCUACUUCCAUUUUUAAUUAUUAUUUCCCAUUAACUUAACUUCAUUAUUGAUUGUCUGUUGUUACUAA